GUCGGAGAUUGAGCAAUCGUGAUUAUGUAAAUUAUUCCUGAGGUCUAAUUAUCUAAACUAUUUUUAAUUAAGAGAUUAGUUGAUCACAAUAGAUACUUGUUGCAGCUGUGUAAAUAGACGCCUAGCCUUUUCCUGAUAAAACGGUAUAAAACACGCUGGUACGACAGAACGAUAGAACGAGACGACAGUGAACAGAGACAGCGAGCAGAUCCAGAAAUCAACUGUAACUACUACAAAAUCAUUAUCCAUCUUCAAAUAAAUGUUCUUUUAAAUUCACAACACAAAGUGGCGACCACGAAGGGACACACGGCUUAAACAGCAAGAACCUAGCGGAUAAGAACGGAUUUGUCAAGAUGGAGAAGCUAACUAAGGAGUUAGAAGCGAAGCUUAAAACGUUGAGAUUUCGAGUGCUGAAAACAAACGAUGUCCUGACAAAGGAUAAACAAGCCUUGGAGCGACAUUACAACUCUAUCACGAACGGGAUUAAUGCGGUGAGUGAUAUCAAAGAGCAGCUAGAAGAAAAGAAAUUCGCGAAGGGCGAGAGCGAGGAAGAAAUAGGACAAUGGGGCGAAAGCGUAGAGAAAGAGUUAGAGGACGCAGAUUCCGCUAACGCAAAACUUCAGGCUGCCAUACAAUAUGCGCAAAAAGAAGAAGAAGACAAGAGAUGCCACGAGAGCCAUCUUAAGCAGCUGAAGUAUCAGCAGGAACUACUUCAACAAAAGGCAACAUUUGAGAAGGAUCAAAACACCACUUCGAGCAUGGAUCGGUCAGCUAGCAACAACAGUGCUACGAACACUAAACUUCCGAAAUUGACCAUCACGAAGUUUAAUGGAAAGUCGGAGAAUUGGCUGUCGUUCUGGGGAAAGUUUAGCUGUGAGGUUGACGCCACAAACGCAUCCCCAGUAACGAAAUUUGCCUACCUCAAAGAGUAUCUUAUACACGAAAUCAGACAAGAUAUUGAUGGAUUGCCGUUCACUGCUGAGGGCUAUGAAAAGGCUAAAACCAUACUAAAGGAAGAGUACGGGAACUCCAGCGAUAUUAUAAAUAUCUAUAUCAAAAACAUUAUGGAUUUGCCGGUCAUAACAGGCACAAGCCCACGAAAAGUGAAAGACUUUUAUAAAACACUGCGAUUUAAUGUGCAGAGCUUGGAAACACUGGGACGGUUGCGCGACGUUCGAGGAAAUGUUCGUGGCACGCUCGACAAGUUGAAGGGGAUUAAGUCCGAUCUGGUGCGGGGCUGUGACGGAUGGCGCGAUUGGGGGUUCAAUGAUCUAUUACAACAACUUAAGCGCUGGACAGAGAUUAACCCUGUUGAAAGUAACUUUGAGGAUAAAACAAAGUCUAACAAUUCUCAACAAGCGCGAUCAUCUAGGCUAUAUCAAACAAGUACCGUUAAUUGUUCUGAAGAUCAACGGGCCGUGAAUAACCUUACAUGCGUUUAUUGUGGCGGUGCUCACAAAGGGGUUGAUUGUGCAAAGGUUACCGACAUAAAGGAACGGAAACGGAUACUCGUCAAAGAGAAACUGUGUUUUAAUUGCACCAAGGGAAAACAUCGUGCUGAAGAAUGCAAAAGCAAGUCAAACUGUUUUAAAUGCAAACAGCGCCACCACACGUCUAUCUGCGAUUCGGAUGUAAAGUCCAACAGCAACCCACUACUUGUCACCGCAGGAGUCCCCGUUGGUCAAGUUGUAUAUCCAGUGGUCAUUGUGGAUGUCGAAGGAAUUAAAUGCCGAGCGUUACUGGACACGGGUGCCGGGAGUUCGUACGCAUCAGCCGCGCUGCUUGAUCGACUCAAAAAACGGCAAGAUCUCACAGCAAAGUACGCAGAGAUAAUAGAAGAACAAAUUACCGAAGGAAUCGUAGAGGCCGCCGAAGGACCGAGCAUAGGCAGGGAAUUCUAUAUCCCUCACAAACCCGUCUUACGUACUCAAGCUGAAAGCAGUAAAUUACGUAUCGUCUACGACGCGUCAGCUAAGGAACACAGGGAGGCGCCAUCACUUAAUGACUGUCUACACAAAGGACCGCCAUUACAGAACAAGAUUUGGGACGUUCUAGUUCGUGGGAGGUUCAACACUGUUGCGAUAACCGGUGAUCUACAGAAAGCAUUCUUACAAGUACGCGUGAGAGAAUGCGACCGUGAUGCAAUGCGAUUUCAUUGGCGUACAAAUGAACACUCUCCAGUACAAACACUAAGAUUCACGAGGGCAUUGUUUGGUCUCGCGCCAUCUCCCUUUUUGCUGGGGGGAGUAAUCGAGGCUCAUUUGGAUACCUGGGAGGAAAAAGAACCGGAGGUGGUCUCGAGGAUCAGGAAGGAACUUUACGUUGAUGAUUUAAUUUCCGGCGCUAGCACCGUGAAAGAAGCGAGGGAACUAAAGGAGAAAGCUACACAGAUAUUUCAAGAUGCUGGUUUCAAACUACACAAGUGGCACUCCAACGCCAAGGAGCUCGAGUCUGAAGGACCCGCGAGCGAGGAUUCAACUUACGCCAAACAAGAGCUAGGAGUACCAGUCAACGAGGAAUGCAGCUUACUCGGGCUUGGCUGGCAAACCGGAGAAGACAAGCUGAGCGUGACAAUACCGCAAGGGAACUUUGCGCCGACAAAGCGAGGGAUUUUAGCGAAGCUCGCUAGAGUUUAUGAUCCCCUGGGACUUUUAUCGCCCACCACUCUUAGCGGUAAAUUGGUUUAUCGUUCCGUAUGCGACGCCAAGAUGGCUUGGGAUGCACCGAUCUCGGAUGAAUUGAAGAAAGUAUGGUCUAAGUGGGAAAACUCUUUUCCCCAGAGAGUUGAAGUGCCAAGGUCGCUAGUGACUCACCGUGAAGUAAUCAAGAGCAUAGAACUGCACUCGUUUGGAGACGCUUCAGCGCAAGGUGUCUCUGCUUGUGUUUACGCCGUCGUCACGCAAGAGUCUGGCGUUAAUCAAGGUCUGGUGGCAGCUAAAGCAAGACUGGCCAAGCAAGGUCUUACAAUACCACGCUUGGAGUUAGUGGCUGGCCAUAUGGCCGUUAACUUAAUCAACAAUGUCAAGGGAACUCUUGAUGGACUUCCGGUCAGCGGUCUGCACUGCUGGCUCGACAGUACAGUUGCACUCUACUGGAUAAACAACCAAGGCGACUACAAGCAGUUUGUGUCCAACCGAGUACACAAGAUAAACAGUCACCAAGAUGUCUCGUGGCAUCACGUGCCAACCAAAGACAAUCCCGCUGAUCUCGGAAGCCGAGGGGGGAGCGUUGUGAAUGCUGACAUGUGGUGGAAGGGUCCGGAGUGGCUGUCAGAACCCGGAUGCUGGCCUGAAGGCAUAGUACUCGAACAGUCAGUAGAAAGCAAAGCGGAAGCUAAGCUUGUUAGACAAGUACUGUCGUUGGCUGUGGCGGAGCGCAACGAAAUCGACGAGCUCCUCGAGAAAUACCCGCUACACAAAGCUGUGAGGAUAUGCUGCUGGAUGCGCAGAUUUGCGUACAACUGUCAAAGUCGCAAGAAAGGUGUCAAGAAAAGAACUGGGCCCUUACUAACAGAGGAGACAGAGAUUCAAAGGUGCUUCUGGAUCAAGCAAGCCCAGAACAGCUGUGAUCUGUCAGACGAUCGCAUCGCGCUCAACCUACAACUCAACGGAGACGGUCUACUCGAGUGCCGAGGGCGAGUCCAGGGCCAGUAUCCAGUCUACCUACCACACGUACAUAUAUACACUCAGCGCAUAGUAGAGGAGGCGCAUUUGCGCACUAUCCACGGGGGAGUGGGACUCACUAUGGCAAAAGUACGCGAAGACUUCUGGGUCCCGAGGUUGCGACAGCUGGUGCGAAAGGUGCGCAAGAAAUGUCAUGGCUGUAAGCGUUUUCAAGCAGUGGCAUACUCGACCCCGCCACCCGCAGACCUUCCUGUUACAAGGACGCAAGGUACCAGCGCCUACCAAGUCAUCGGCGUAGACUUCGCUGGGCCAAUCAAAUACCGUGUUGCCAGACAGAAAGAAGAAAAGGCGUACGUACUACUGUACACCUGCAGCCUUACGAGAGGAAUCUACCUUGACCUCCUACCAAGCCUAGAGACUCCAGACUGCCUUCAUAGUCUGAAGCAGUUCAUCGCACGCCGGGGGAGGCCAGAUCGCAUCUACUCAGACAACGGACGAACAUUUGUGGGGGCGGAGAAGUGGAUCAAGCAGGUAAUGCAGGAUGAGCGCCUACAAGACUAUCUCUCAGUCAACCAGAUAAGAUGGCAGUUCAACUUGAGUCGUGCGCCCUGGUGGGGAGGCCAGUUUGAACGAAUGAUAGGUCUCGUCAAAGCAAGCCUACACAAGUCUAUCGGCCAUGGGAUGUUGUAUUGGAAGGAGCUACAAGAGAUCCUGCUAGAUAUGGAAAUCACACUAAACAACAGGCCGCUGAGUUAUAUAGAGGACGACGUGCAGCUCCCACUUCUAACGCCACACUCGCUUCUCUUUAUCAAGAGCAACACCUUACCAGAGAUACAAGCGCAUCACAUACAAGACACAGAUCUGCGCAAGCGCGCCAAACAUCUCAUUAAGUGUAAAGACGCGGUCUGGAAGAGAUGGACAGAUGAGUAUCUGCGCGGUCUUCGUGAGCGUCACCGUGCAAAGGCCGGAGCACCGGACACCAAGCCUACAAUCGGCGAAGUGGUUAUCGUUAAAUCCGAGGAGAAGAAUCGCGGCAAAUGGCAGUUGGGAAUUGUGAGUUCCUUAAUUACUAGCAAGGACGGCGAGGUGCGAGGGGCGAAGCUUCGUGCUGGGAAGUCAUACAUCGAACGCCCUGUACAACUCCUGUAUCCGCUAGAACUGAAGGUCGAUGAUGUCGUGCGAACUCAACCUGAUGAGAGACUCCGGCCCAACGCUGCAGAGUUUAGGCCACGGAGAGAUGCCGCAGCUGCCGCUAGACUACGCAUGCAAGGCAUUGCGGACGACGCAGAAAACCUAUGAUCGGGAGACGAACCGUACAAUACGAACACUAAGCGUUUAUACAGCUAUAGAGUUUUGUUAUACAUAGAGACACUCAAAGGAACAUUGAGACAUUACUAGAAUUCAACAUGCUAUUCCAAUCUCCUCAGUUAACAUAUAUCUUGCUCAAGAUAUAUGGGGGGAGUGUGUCGGAGAUUGAGCAAUCGUGAUUAUGUAAAUUAUUCCUGAGGUCUAAUUAUCUAAACUAUUUUUAAUUAAGAGAUUAGUUGAUCACAAUAGAUACUUGUUGCAGCUGUGUAAAUAGACGCCUAGCCUUUUCCUGAUAAAACGGUAUAAAACACGCUGGUACGACAGAACGAUAGAACGAGACGACAGUGAACAGAGACAGCGAGCAGAUCCAGAAAUCAACUGUAACUACUACAAAAUCAUUAUCCAUCUUCAAAUAAAUGUUCUUUUAAAUUCA